UCACCACCAAAAGAAUUUGAUCCAAUGGAUUGAGUCUGUUUCUCUCAAAGAUUUUGGAUUCGAGUUUUGAUAUAGAAAUUUUUUUGAUAGGGCAUCUUCCUCUGAAUGAAACUCUAUGCGACAUGAAUCAGAAUUAGUUGGACCUUAAUUCGGAUAUCAAACAUCGAAAGUCAAAAAGAAGAAGAAGAAAACCAUUAGAUAUUUCUAUAAAUUUCAAAUUUUCCAAAAACAAGAGCACCAUCAACAUUACAAUGGAUGAACAACAAUCACUUCCUCCUCAUGUACUCAUUUUCCCUUUACCUUUACAAGGCCCUGUAAACUCUAUGUUCAAACUUGCUCAACUCCUCUGUUUUUCAGGCUUACAUAUCACCCUUCUCCUCACUGAAAACAUCUACAAUCGUCUUGUUCUUCACACAGAUAUAACUUCAAUACUUGAUCAAUUUCCUGGUUUUCAAAUCAAGACGAUUUCGGAUGGUCUUCCUGAAGAUCACCCUCGCGAGGGAGGAAAAUUUUUGGAGGUCUUUAACUCAUUGAAGACUAAUACAAAGACUCUGUUUAAAGAUAUGUUGACUUCAGAUUUCCUCUGUUCUGAUCAUGAUGGGAAAAAAAGACGAGUUAGUUGUAUUAUAGCUGAUGGAGUUUUGGGAUUUACUUGUGAUGUUGCCAAUGAGAUUUGUGUACCUAUUUUUUAUGUUCGAACUAUUAGUCCAUGUUGUCUUUGGAUCUUCUUUUGCCUUCCUCAACUCAUUGAAUCUGGAGAAUAUCCUUUCAAAGAUGAUAACUUGGAUGAACCAAUUACAAGUGUUCCCGGAGCUGAAACUUUUCUCCGGCGACGUGAUCUACCGGGAUUUUGCCGCUCCAGCGAUCUAAACGAUUCAACUUUCCAACUCUUCAAAACAGAGGGUCAAGAAAAUUCACGAGCUUAUGGCUUAAUACUCAACACAUUUGAAGAACUCGAUGAAUUAAUUCUCAAUCAAAUCCGAACAAUUUGCCCAAAUCUCUACCCAAUUGGACCGCUCCACGCAAAUUUAAAGAGGAAACUAACUACAUUACGACCAUCAUCAAACAGUUUGUGGGCUGAAGACAGAACUUGCAUCGAUUGGCUAAACAAUCAGCUACCCAAUUCAGUAAUUUAUGUGAGUUUUGGGAGUAUCGCAACGAUGACGAUCGAUCAAUUGAUCGAAUUUUGGUACGGAUUGGUUAACAGUAGGCAAUUUUUUUUAUGGGUAAUCCGACCGGAUUCCAUCGCCGGUGGAGAUUGGAAAUCCAUGAUUCCGCUGGAUUUAACAGCGGGUACGAAAGAAAGGGGAUAUAUCGUAGAAUGGGCUCCACAAGAAGAAGUAUUGGCACAUCAUGCGAUAGGCGGAUUUUGGACUCACUGUGGAUGGAAUUCGAUUUUGGAGAGUAUUUACGAGGGAAAGCCUAUGAUUUGUUGGCCUUAUUUUUUUGACCAACAAGUGAAUAGCAGAUUUGUUGAAAAAGUUUGGGGACUUGGGCUUGACAUGAAGGAUACAUGUGAUAGAAAAAUUGUAGAGAAAAUGGUGAAGGAUUUGAUGGUAUUGAGAAAAGAAGAAUUCUUAGAAAGAGCAAAUCAUAUGUCUAAAUUAGCUAAAAAUUGUUUGAUGGAAGGUGGAUCAUCUUAUUGUAAUUUUGAACGUCUUGUGAAGGAUAUUAAAUCUUUUAAGUGA